AUGCCUCUCGAAAGCUCCUCCGUGUUCGAGGAUCCCACCUAUGACAUGUUCAAAUUUCCCUCGCGCCGAAGCGUCGUCCACAGCACUGAGGGAAUUGUCGCAUGCUCACAGCCUCUCGCAGCGAAAUGCGGCCUCGAAAUACUGCGCGCAGGAGGAAACGCCGCUGAUGCCGCCGUAGCAGUUGCUGCCGGUCUCAACAUGACCGAGCCCUGCUCAACAGGCAUCGGAGGCGACAUGUUCAUCCUCUACUGGGAUGCCUCCAAGCAGCAAGUGUUUGCCAUGAACGGCUCCGGCCGCUCAGGCGCAAACUGCACCCUCGAGCAGAUCCGAAGCGACCUCAAGAUCGAGGACGGCGUCACGGGGCAGAUUCCCAUGGCGAGCGUCCAUGCGGUGACGGUUCCUGGAGCUGCAGCCGGAUGGGCCGACACGGUCGAGCGGUUUGGCAGCGGAAAUCUGGAUCUGAGCCAGAUCCUGAACCCGGCGAUCCAGCUGGGCGAAAGGGGAUUCCCCGUGUCAGAAGUCACUGGAUACUACUGGACAAGUGCAGAGCAUCUUAUUCGAAAGGCCUCUCCAAACUACGCAGAGAUGCUCAAGGUCGAUCCCAGCCAAGCAGACGGCGUCAGAGCCCCUCGGCCAGGCGAAAUCAUGAAGAACCCCAACCUGGCCAGGACAUUCCGCACCCUGGCCGAAGAAGGAAAGCAAGGCUUCUACACGGGAAGAAUAGCCCAAGAGCUCGUCAAGGUCGUCCAGGAUCUAGGCGGCCGCUUGACUCUGGAUGAUCUAAAGCACCACCUCGAGCAGGGCAGCGAGCCCGUCGACCCCAUUUCCCUCAAAUUCCGCGGCCAGGGCCUCACCAGCCGGGCGUCCGACGAGGGCAUCGAGCUGUGGGAGCACCCUCCCAACGGCCAGGGAAUCAUUGCCCUGAUGGCCCUGGGCAUCAUCCAGGAGCUCGAGAAGCAGGGCGAGAUCCCCACGUUCAAGCCCGAGGACUUCAACACCACGCCGUACCUCCACGCCAUCAUCGAGGCCCUCCGCCUGUCCUUUUCCGACGGCAACUGGUACAUUGCCGACCCCAACGUCACUCCCGUGCCCAUCGAGGGCCUCCUUUCUGAAAAGUACCUCUUCCAGCGAGCCUCUCUCUUCAACUCCUCCCGCGCCCUGGACCUCGUCGAGCACGGCGAGCCAAACUACUCCUCGCCCGCCCUCCAGAGCAGCGACACCGUCUACUUCACCGUCUCUGACUCGCAAGGAAACGCCGCCUCCUUCAUCAACUCCAACUACGGCGGCUUCGGCACCUGCAUCAUCCCCAAGGGCUGCGGCUUCACCCUCCAGAACCGAGGCGCGGGCUUCUCUCUCGACGCCGAGCACCCCAACAAGCUGGAGCCUCGCAAGCGCCCUUACCACACCAUCAUCCCCGCCAUGGCCACCAACAUCAAGGACGGCUCGCUUCACUCCUCUUUCGGCGUCAUGGGCGGCUUCAUGCAGCCUCAGGGCCACGUGCAAGUCCUCCUCGGCCAGGUCGUCGGAAAGUUGAACCCCCAGCAGGCACUCGAUGCGCCCCGGAUAUGCGUCGGCGCGGGAUUCCCAGAGCACGGUAAGCCGGUCGACUGGACGGUGAACGUGGAGGAGUCGAUGAACCCCGAAGUGAUUGAGGGCUUGAGGCAGCUGGGCCACAACGUGGUUGUUGUUGGCGGUGGGCCGAAGAGAGGCCUGUUUGGACGAGGCCAGAUCAUUCGAUACACGCUUGAUCCUGUCGACAAGACGCCCAUCUGGUCGGCAGGCAGUGACAUGAGAGCAGAUGGAGCAGCAUACCCAUUGUAA